AUUGGCGAAUAUCAACUAUAGAAAAGGUUCUCAUCGGCACCCGGUUUUGUUUUGGUUUUCAAAAUGUCGCAAUUUAGGCAUCUAAAUCCCUACGAAAGGCACAAACUCGUCGUAAAUGAAUACAUCCUUAAUCAACCAGGCAGGGCAAAACUUCUCCAACGUAGACCAUUGGAUGGAAAACGAGAUGCAGACGUUAUUCGUGAAAAUCAUAAAUUUCUCUGGGAUGACGACGAGGCCGAUACGUGGGAGAAGAGAUUAGCCAAAAAAUAUUACGAUAAACUGUUUAAGGAGUACUGCAUUUGUGAUUUAAGUCGGUAUAAGGAAAAUAAGAUUGCACUGAGAUGGCGUAUCGAGAAAGAAGUCAUCAGUGGAAAAGGACAAUUUUCUUGCGGCAACAAAGUCUGCACGUCGGAGACAGGACUUCGCAGCUGGGAAGUGAACUUCGCCUACGUUGAGCAUGGAGAGAAGAAAAAUGCUCUCGUCAAGCUGAGGCUGUGUCCGGAGUGCUCGGUGAAGCUGAACUAUCACUCGAAGAAACGAGAAGUGAAACGGAUCAAGAGCAUGAAGAAACGGAAAGAACGAAAGCCAAAGGAGGGAGACAGGAGACCCUCACAAAGUCCCGGUCCGUCAGGCGAAAGAGGUUCCGAGGAAAUGAAGGGCAAAAUGGACGAAGAAACGUCUGCUGAUGAAGAUGGAAACCAAUCGACUGAAGAAGUUGACUUGACCGACGAAAAGAUCUGGACGCAAUCAAGGGAGACAGAAGAAAUGACUCGAGAGGAAGAGUUCGAAAAAUAUCUAGAGGAUUUACUGUUAUAAUAAAAGACGAGGGUUUUUUCUACUAUAAGCUUGAAGUUAUGUGAAUAAUAAAAAAUUGAAUCGGAAAAUAAAAAGAAA